AAAAUGCUAAAUAUGUAAAUAUUAGGCUUUGUAAUUUAACUAAUGAUAUUGAAUAAAAUACCAUUCGGGUGGUUGAUCCUCCUUCCUAGGACAUUCACCUCUACCAUCUGAUCAGUUUUUAUUGAACAAUUUGACCAGCUUAAUACUAAGUUAUUUAGUAUUACAACAAUGCAAUUUUAAUUUUGUAAUAUUUUGUUUAUAGUUAGAAUUCAAUUAAUAAAAGAAUGUCGGCUCUUGCAUCAUUAACUGCUAAUUAUACAGACUCUGAAGAUGAAGGUACUACUCCCAGUCAACGUAGACAUAUUGAAGAAGUGUCCAUUUCAAAUGAACCUUUACAAGAACAUGUACCUAGUCCUCAACUACAAAUACCGAAUUCAGCUCCAGCUGUAACUAAUCCGGACGAUGACAAAAAAACUCAUCUUGUAUCAUAUUUUGAGGAUCACGAUAUUGUGAUGUCAGAUGAAGAUAUGGACCGAAGUUCGGAUGUAGACGAAGAAGAUAUUUUACCACCCGAACCUCAUGGUAGAUGCUCUAAAGAACUACAAGAAAAGAUAACUAGAUUGCAUGAAAAAAUGGAAAAAGAUGGUAUGGACAUGAAUUUUUUGAUCCAAAAAAGGAAAGACUUUCGAAACCCUAGCAUAUACGAAAAACUUUUACAGUUUUGUAAUAUUAAUGAAUUGGGCACAAAUUAUCCACCUCAUUUAUAUGACCCCUUAAGAUGGGGUAAAGAAUCUUACUAUGAAGAAUUAGGCAGCUUGCAAAAAGAAGAUAUGGAAAAGAGACAGAAAGAAAGAAAGGAAAAAACUAAAGUUGAAGUUGUGUCUGGUACAAAAAAGACUUCAUCAAUCAAUGUUUCAAGUUCCCAUAAACAAGAUGAUAAGAAAAGUAAAUGGGAUCUUACAACAUCUGUAACAGGUACAAAGGGAACGAUUAUUUCAGCUUUUGGUUCUUUACCAAAAAAACAAAAAUUGGAUAUUCAUUAAUCAAUUCAAGUACCUAUCUGAAAUGUAAUAAUAUGUAACAUUGUAAAUAAACUAUAAUCUGAAAAUUA